GUACUUGUUGAGGGGGAGAGUUUGUCAUAAUUUAUGUUUUGUAUAGGAAUGCCAAAGGGGGAGAUUGUAAGUACAAGUUUUGAUUAAAUUGGUGUGUUGGCAUUCCAUACAAAACGGGAAAAUAUCUUUGAGGUUUAACUUUCUUUAUUUAAAGAUAUUUUUCUGUUUAUAAAAUUGUGUAUUUGAUUCCCUAGGAUUUUUAGGAUUUUAUGGAUAUCUUGGAAUAAAAGCUCUUUCCUAAUAGAAGUCUAAUUAGGGUUGUUUCUGGUUUGUUUGAGUGGUUGCCGCUGGUUGAAUAUAUAUUGCAGAAAUAUGCAUGGCAAAAAGGGGUGAAAAACGCAAGAAUAAGUGUAGGUGUCUUGCAUGGUUUUUGAGUUUGUGUCUUCACAAAGAGUCAAAACACUUGAUCCAUGUAUAAGUGUUUGUGAUCAUAGUUUCAUAUGCAUAAUACUCUCUCAAGAUCAGUAGGGAGACUGUGAAGAAAGAAGAACAAGAUUUGAAGAUUGUUCAAGUGAAGGAGUUCAAGAACGAAGACAAACUUUGUAUUGGAUUUUGUGUGAAUCUUAUAGCCGAGCUAGUGCUAUAUUCAAAGUUUGUAAAAGAACAUAUCCUUUUCAAUAUGAUGAUCUUUAUUUUGGGUUCUCAUGAGUAAGAGCCCCGCAGUGUUUUUUAAUCUCAUAUUUUGAGAUUUUCACUGCGUAACCAAAAGUCUGGAGUUUGGUUCAUUGUUUCUGAUAUCUGCCCAGUAGGGAUUGAUCCAUACACUGCAAUCCUCGUUUUCCAGAAAAUCAUAUUCUGUCCUUGUAUUUUCAGAUUCUCCGAGCCCUCCACCACCUCAACCGGGUUUGAAGUCGGAUCCUCGCCUUUGGGGUUACCCUGCGCCUUCAAGUCCCCCGGUUUGCUUCGUAUACCGGUGGUCGGAAAACAGGUGCAUGCCCUUGCCGUCAAGGCCGAGCAGAUAUGUGACGUCUGUGCUGUUGGGUGCAGUGUCUUUGAUAUGUACUGAAAAACCGGUCUCCGAGAUUAUGCCCGGAAGCUGUUUGAUAAAAUUCCUGAGAGAAACCUUGCCACUUGGAAUGCCUACAUGUUGGGAAGCCGAAUUCUGUGCAUUUCUCAAUGCCUGCUGUUCGGAACUUGGGAGACAGUUGCAUGGGUUUGUGGCGCGAUGUGGGUUUGGGAAAGAUGUGGUGAUGUGUCAGUGCUCAAUAAGCUAGCUUGUGGAUUUUUACGGGAAAUGUCGCACUUAGUCUGAUGCCUAUUCUAACUUGUGUUGUGUGGUUUCUUUUCACUGGAAAAAUCUAGAUUCGAUGUGUUUUUGCUUAAUUUCUCAUUUUGAUUGGUCUAUGUUUUGAUACAAAGCUUCUGGCUCCCAAUGAGGCCUGGCGGUGUUCUCUGUAACAUGGCAGAGAGUAUGUGGCUCCAUACACAUCUUAUUGAAGAUAUGAUCUCUGUUUGCCGUCUAACAUUCAAGGGGUCAGUCAACUAUGCAUGGACGAGUGUUCCUACAUAUCCAAGUGGUGUUAUAGGUUUUCUGCUAUGCUCAACAGAAGGGCCUCCUGUUGAUUUUAAAAAUCCAGUCAACUCCAUUGAGAAGUUGGAAGGAGCUGUCAAACACAGAAGAGAACUUCGGUUCUAUAACUCUGAGAUGCACUCAGCUGCCUUUGCCUUCCUGCUUUUUUGAGGAAGGAGGUGAGCGCACUCUGUGAUUCUUCAACUCCAGCAAGACAAAGCGGCUUGUCCUAGUAAAUAACUAGCGACGACUGGUUACUCUAUCUUCCUGAUUAUUGAAAUGAGUACCGCAUGGAAGAAUAGAGACCAGGUAAUUAUCAGGUGUAGAUGGAGCUCCUUUUGAAGCAUCGGUGGGAUUUAAGUUUUACUGUGAUGUUAUGUCUUGAAUGACCUAUUACUAUAUGUUUAGCCCUGUUACAUUAUUGGAUCUUAUGAGUAAUUUGCUCAGUAAUCAAAUAAUUAUGAAUAUUUUCAUUCGA